AUGAAAGAUGAGGUAAGUCCAAACUGGAUGAACGAGAACCCAAACCAGACGCACGAGUCGUCCCAAUCUCCGCAUUCUAUGUUCGAAGCAUCUCCCAAUGAAAGAUUCCGGAACUGUUGGGAAAAUCUACUAAAGCUCGAGCAGAACAAUAUAUGUAGUUUAUUCGAGUCACUAGAUACAGAAAAAUUUCGCGAAGAGACAUGGACCAAGAAGAACUCGAAGAAAAAAAAAAUAGGCUCAGGAAUAACAAGGAUCCUUGAAAAUGGACGAGUGUUUGAAAAAUGUGCAGUGAACUACUCAUGUGUAUAUGGAACCAUUGAUAGAGAGACUGCCAGGCAGAUGUGCGUCAAUCAGCACAAUAAAGAAUACAUCAAUAGCAAAGAAAUUUGCUACUCUGACGAUCUUAACCAAGUUAUUUCACGCAUCAUAAAUAAUGGGGGGUUAAAGAUAGUUCGAGAGAAAUACAAGUACUAUGCCUCUGGGUUGUCAAUCAUUGCGCAUCCCGUGAACCCCAAUGCGCCCUCCAUCCACAUGAACUUUCGCUUUUUCCAAGUAUUCAUCAAAACGGGGCGCAAAAAAAAAAAAAACACCCCAACUCCUAACAGCAGCAAUAUGCCAUAUAGGAACACCAGCAUUGUGGGGGGCGUGAAUGCCAACGCGUACGCCGCUACCAAUAAAGGGGGCCCAAAUGGACAGCUCACCAAUGUGAAUGCAGGUGUUAGCAGCACGAGUACUGCGAAGAGUAAUAUAGAUAGCAACUACCGAAGUUUGAAACAUUGGUUUGGGGGAGGAUGCGACUUGAGUCCCAGUUAUAUUUUCCCCGAAUUAUUUAUCCACUUUCAUCACUCAUUUAAGGUAGUCUGCGAUAAGUAUAAUCACUUAUUUUACAAGUAUUUCAAAAAAUGGUGCGACAUGUAUUUUCGAAUUAGGCACAGAAAUAUAAGCAGGGGAAUUGGAGGAAUAUUUUUCGACAAUUUAUUGGACAACACUAUAAAGAACAAGAUAAAAGCGAAACAGAAAAAUGGAAAAGCGAGAGAAUUGCAAAAUAUAAGUAUCAACCUUAGCAACAGAAACGCGGGUAACUUGAACGCUAACUAUAAUAACAGCCAUACGAAUAAAAAACUUCCCUCCGAUGAGAGGCCAUGUAAAUGUCAUAGCUGCAACCCCAUCAUGGAUAACAGCUACAGAAUGAUUUUUCUAUUUGUCCAAGAGUGCAUCAUUAAUUUUCGUAAAACAUAUCUCUACAUUCUUGCGCAGACAAUUCAUUGUAAGUAUGACGACAACAUGGUCAAAUGGCAACAUGUCUGCCGGGGCAGAUACGCAGAGUUCAAUUUAAUAUAUGACAGAGGUACUAAGUUUGGACUCGAAUUGAAUACUUACAAAAUUUAUAAGAGAAAAAAACAAUCCGACAAAAUUGAUAAUUAUGCCUCUACCUUUCUGAAGGAUGAAGUUUUUUCUGAUCAAAAUUCUGACUACUUCUCAGAUGAACAUGAAAAGAUCGACAACGUUUUUUCCUCCCUUCCCCUCAAGUGUGAAUUUUUUUACAAGUAUAAAAUUGUGAAGUUCUCUCGCGAGCAUGAAACGCUCCAGGUGUUGAAGCAUCCGAAGAGGUGGGUCGACUACUAG